AGAAGCUUGGGGGGGAGUGGAACGUGCCCCUCCCACCCCGCAAGCCCAGCUGGUCCCCAGCCCUCCGCGGGCGCAGGCCCAAGCAGGGCUCUCGUGCCACUGGUUUUCAGGCAGGGGUGCUGGAUCGGGGAUAUUUCUGGAAAAGAAAAGGCAGGAUACCAGCCAAAAAGUGCACCUGUAAAGUACAGACUACUAGUUUUGCUGCCUUGGACAUUGUGGGGCUUGUCUGCUCAGGAAAUGGGACCAUGGCCAGAGUGGUGAGUGCAGAAGAUUUCAGUGGCUUACGUCCCUACUCUCAAGGAAUCAUAUUUACUGCAAGACCAUCGUCUACACCAAGCAGAGCAUCAUCAUGCAGAAGCAGACAAAGCUCAAUUAAAUCAGCCUCAUCUACAUCUGUGCGCUCUGUCCCAGAUCCCACACUGUCCUCCUCAGACAUCGAACAGAUUUUACUUCAAAAGACAGCUGAAAAAGAAGGUGAACUUAAAAAAGCAUUUCAGACAAUUGACAUUGAUCAGGCCCAAACAGUCACAAAAGGUGAAUUCAGAAGAGUGAUUGAAACCUUUCUUUUCCCUCUGACACAAGCACAGUUUGAUGCCGUGCUGGCACAGAUUCCGAUGACUAGCAAAGUUACCAUACCAUAUCUUGACUUCCUGGCCAAGUUUACUAGGGUUGCCAAAAGUAACAGCAUGCAAAGAAGAUGGAAUGGUAGCCAAGGCGACCAAACCAUGACAUUAAGUCAGCUGGAGUCCCUCUUAAAGGAAAAGAUCAUUUAUAAUUUACAGAUUUCAAAGAAUUUGAAAAGCAUCGUCAAGACUUGUAGACUUUUUGACUAUAACCGAACAGGACAAAUACAGAGACAUGAGCUAAGACGGAUCCUUGAGAUUAGUUGUUUCAGGAUGAAGGAUGCAGAGUAUGAAAAAUUGUGGAGUCGUUCUUGUGUUGGUAAAACUAAUACAUUGGAUUAUAAAGAAUUUCUGAAGAAUCUUGGUAUAAAUUUGGGUACAAUUAAGAGUCAAGCACCGAACUGGGAGGAGACACCAGACAAGAUGCAGAAACAGAAUAAGCUGUCACUACAGACUUCACCAACUGAGUGUAGUUUGAUAGAAUACACACUAGAUGACAUUGAGAUGGCUUUUAGGAAAAAGCUUCACUCUGCCUAUCAGAACAUUGAAAAAGCCUUCAGAGCAUUUGAUGUCAGUCAGAGUGGAUUUGUGUCUUCGGAUUACUUAAAGUCAGUCAUAAAUGGCUUUGUAUUUCCGUUACCAAAUGGAACUUUUCAAGAGCUAAUGAAUAGAUUUGGAUUUAAAGCCACAGGUAAAAUUGCCUGGCAUCAAUUUUUACAGAAGUUUCAGAACCCUGUGAUAUAUGAAAAUAGACAGAUAAUUCCUAUAAGAAAAAACCACAGGGUAAACCCAAUCAGAGUAAUGGAUGAAGCUUUCUCAAGUGACAGGGUUCUUCUAAAGCUGCGCAGACACAUCCAAAGUGCAUAUCCAUCUCUGAAGCAGGCAUUUCUCAUGAUUGAUACAAAAAAAGAUGGAAAGAUCACAAGAAAUGAGCUUCGUCGCAUUUUGGAUUGCAUACUGUUUCGAAUAAGUGACAAGGACUUCCAAGACCUAAUCAACAUGAUUGAUCCAGAUCACACUGGAUUCCUCAGCUACCAUACAUUUUUAGACUUGUUUGAAGAAAAGGAAUCUCUAGGGGAAGACAUUCUUUCAGAUAAAAUCACGGAAAAUUGGAAGGAUUUCCAUAAGGCUUUGCAGACCUCUGAUCCUAAAUGUACUGGCAUUAUUAGUAGGAAUCAGCUAAGAAAAAUUGUACAGCUAUAUUGUCCCUCUUUGUCUGACGAACAGUUUACAAAGCUAUGCCAUAAAUUUCAGGAUAUUCCUUCUGAUGGGAUCCUUUACAGGAUGCUUUUGGAGAGCUUAGGAGUUGCUUUACUACUUGGUGACUUAAAUGGUGUCAGCACACAGAUCUCAAAGGGAAGUCAACAAAGAGAAGAAAAAAGACAAACAGAUCUUUCAAAGAGAAUGAAACAGAUUGAAGACCAAGCGACUAAGCAUACCAAGAAUAGAACUGUUGAUGAAGUAAUUGAAAGGCUCAAGAACAGUGUGAUACAACAGGAAGCAACUAUUAAAGACAGCUUUCUUGCCUACAAGAAGCAACCAAAUGGAAAAAUUAGUAAAGAUGAUUUCCGGAAGGUGUUGGAAGAUCAUGGGAUGCCAAUGGAUGAUAGUCAGUUUAAUCUACUGACUGAGAAAUUAGGAUUUCCAAAUGGAGGGCUGAGUUAUCUUGAUUUUGUAGCCGUUUUUGAAGAUCCCAGAUUGAAUGGACCAGGAACUAUACUAUCUUGCAGUCCAAACCACCGAGUAAAUAGCACUAAAUUUUAUUACUUGACUGCUGAAGAGUGUCUAAGUCAAUUCAAUGCUAAGCUGACGGAAGAAUAUGAGGACAUGUACUCUGCUUUCCGUAAAGCAGAUAGUAACCAUGAUGGUAUCAUCAGCAUGCUUGAUCUUCGAAGCCUCCUGGAGAGCUUUGUGUUCAUCCUUACAAAUGAAGAGUAUUCACGCCUACUUGGUAUAUUGGGCCUGAACCUGAACUCCACAUUAAAUUACCACGAAUUCGUUCAACUGUUCCAGAACCAAGAAACUAAAGAGGUACAUCCUUGGCUGAAUCCAUCUCACAAACCAAAACAGACAAUAACGGAUGCAGAACUAGCUUGUGAUCAGGCUCAUUACUAUCUUGUUAUCAAAGCACAAACCAGAUGGCAUGACCUCGCAAGGACUUUCCGUGAGUUCGAUAGCAAAGGCAAUGGCAUUGUGCAGCCAGAGGAUUUGAGAGCUGUCUUGUUCAGAUUUGCCAUUCCCAUCACUCCAAAAGAAUUUGAAAAGCUUUGGGCAAGGUAUGAUACAGUUGGCAAAGGCUACCUUACACACCAAGAAUUCCUACAGAAAUUGGGGUUAGAGUUCGCACCCUCUGACACCGGACUAAGCAGACAUAUUGCAGAAGACAGUUAUGCGACUUUAAUGGAGCAUUACAGUAAUCAGCAAAAGAAGCACUGGGAGAUGGAAGAGCAGCAGAAACAGCAAACUAAAGACCUCUAUGUCAAUGAGAUUACAAAGCAGAUCAAGGAUAAAUUUAGGGACUACUUCCAAGACUUCAACAAGGCCUUUUAUAAACUGGAUAAAAAUAAAGAUGGCUAUAUAACAGUAGAUGACCUACAUAGAAUGCUGCAAGAAUUCAACUAUUAUCUUGAUGAUGAACAGUUCAACAGUCUUUUAAACAGAUUAGGAAUCAGUAUUCAUGACAGCAAGCUCUCUUAUUUUGAUUUCCUGAGAGCGAUUGAUGAUGGCAGAGCAUCUAAAUACCAGCAGAGACAAAAGCCUGCUGCACCACCUGCAAGCUUUGCAAUGCUCAGCUUAGAAAAGACCCUAAUUAAGAUAAAAGAAAUAGUCACAUCUUCCUAUGAUUUGUUAUACAAGGCAUUUUCUCUCUUUGAUAAAGAAGGCACUGGGGCAGUAACAGCACUGGAAUUCCACCAGGUACUUGACCAUUUCUGCUUCAAACUAACAGACAAACAGUUCAGGCACCUACUCAAGAAACUAAAGCUUUAUGAAAAUCAUACAGUAGAUUGGAAAUUUUUCCUGAAAAACUGUGAUCUCCUCUUAGAGACGGAGGAAGGACAGAAAGUCGCUCAGCCUAAAAGUUCUCAGGAGCUGUCAAAGAAAGAGAUCCUUACACGAAUACAAGAAGUAGUGACUGCUCGCUUUAACACCAUUACACAAGAAUUUAAAGAUACUGAUUGCGAAAAAGUUAAUACAGUAUCAAAAGAGGACUUCCGGGGUAUUUGCAACCGUUACUUUCUGCUUCUGACAGACGGACAAUUUGAAGACCUCUGGAAUUCAGUGUCUGUUGAUGCUGAUGGAAGACUGAAGUACUGUGAUUUUUUGAAGAAAUUCAACUGCGAAGCAGUAACAAUGCCAUCAGAUACUCAGGCUAUGAACAGUGCUGCUUGCCCCUCCAAACCUGCUACUCCUGCUGAGCCUGGGUCACGGUUACCUUCUCAGCCUUCACGUCCCAAGACAGCAGCUUCUCCUUCAGUUCAAGUGAAAACUCCAGUGUCCAGCCGCCCUCAUACUGCAGUGGCAUGGUCUCCACCUUUACUGAACUGCGAACCAAUAGAAAAUAAAAUAAGAAAGAUCAUUCAGCAUUCCUGGAGAGAAAUACUGAAAGCCUGUAAAGAGAAAGAUGUUGACCGGCUAGGAGAAGUCUCAAAGUCUGAUUUCUUAGCCAUAGCAGAAAAGUUCAAUUUGAAUUUAAGUAAAGAAGAGUUUAGCCAAAUAACAACAAAAUAUGAUAUUAAGAACAAUGACAGAUUUGCAUACUGUGACUUUCUGCAAAGCUGUGUCCUGCUAAUGAAACCACAGGAAAGUUCCCUGCUACAAAGGAUGAGCAUUCAGAAGCCACGAAUAUCGCGGAGUCCUGGACCACAGACCCUGACAUUUUUCAAUGCAAUGCUAAGAAUUCAACCCCAGAUCUUGCACUGCUGGAGACCAAUGAGACGAACGUUUAAAUCCUAUGACGAAAGUGGGAGUGGGCUGUUAAGUGUUCAGGAUUUCAGGCAGGUUCUGCAUCGGUAUCACAUCAACCUGACUGAGGAAGAGUUUUUUCACAUUUUGGAAUUUUAUGAUAAAUCAUUAUCUUCAAAAAUUUCCUAUAAUGAUUUCCUGCGGGCAUUUCUGCAAUAGGAAAUGGAAGGUGUCAUCAAAUGCAAGAAACUAUAGUUAAAAGAGCUCAUGACUGAUUCAUAAUUCCUGAUUUCUAAUUAAUAAAUUAACCAACUCCAGCCUUUUUUUGCAUCAGCAAGCUCAUAAUACUUAAAAUUUGGACAAAUGCAAUGGUCAUGGAUUGUAGAGCAAAUCUGCAUGGCAGAACUAUUAAUAUUCACAUAAUUCAUUUUAUCUGAAAAAAAUUAUACCAAUUCAAGUUGUUAUAGUAAUGAUUUCUAAAACCUUACAAGCAUCUAUAAAAAUAAUACAUUUCAGAAAAUCGUUUUUGUAAAAUUAAAACCCCUUUUUAAUUUCAAUAAAAGGUUUGAAAGGCU